GUUAAUUAGUUAGUCAGUGAGUUAGUCAGAGAGUUAGUUUGUCAGUCAGUUAGUCAGUUAGUUAGUCAGUCAGUUAAUAAAACCGGACUCCUUACAGACACCCAGGAGAGAACAUAUAGCUGCUGCCGGCUGACUUUGAGAACCUGCUCAUUACCAUUCAGCACUUAUUGAUUACGCCUCACUUGUCAGCCCGCAGGCAGUCUGAGUCCCCGUCAGGGAUCUGCUUCCAGGACUCGGUUUAAGACCAGAGGGGAACUGGAACUGUGGGACUGAGGCCAUCUUUUAAAGAUUUGUGUUUUAUAUUACAUUUAUGUGCGCAGGCACUUGUUGUGGGAUAACAAGGCAAAGAAAAAGCCUGUGUUAACAAUUAAUAACCGACUUGUCAAUAUGAACUAAACAGACAGUGAUAUCAAUAACAGGCGCACAUAUGAGUGGGGGGGUCGGGGGGCACGCAGAUCUGGUUCCUGCUGGAGUUCCUCUGAGCCCGGGGUGUGACGUCACUCUCCCACAAUGCACGGCUCGCAGCGCGGCGCCCAGCAGUCCAGGCCCGGACUCUGACAAACAUCUUUAAAACUUGUUCCAAAAUGUCGAUGUGGAGGCGGGACGGAGGCCGGACGGAGAGCGGGACGGAGGCGCAGCCGGUCUGUGGAGAUGCUGAUCUGCUUCUGUGAUUCAGCUGUGUGACUGUGGCGUUCGGGGCUGCUGAAUACUAAAAUAGACUGCAGGCCAACACAAGAGCUCUUCUCAGGAAACACACAGGCCCAGUCAGAGCUUCCAGAGCUCCUCCUCACCGCAGCCCUUUUGGGGUUGCUAUGGCAGCUGCUGUCACAGAGACCAAGUGCUGGACACAGGCUUGCCCCAGUAAGGCAGGACAGACCACUAGUCAUUGCCACAAGAGACCAUCAAACAGUCAACAAACAGCACUUAGCAUUAAUUCUAGCACUCUAAGUUAACAAAACGACCGCAGGUCUGUAGGCUGAUGGUCAGCUCUCUGGAGAAUCCUCAUGAGUCUUGUCUGUGUCUGCUCCGGCUCUUGGCCAGAGUCCCUGUGCAGCAGCAGAGCCAGUACCGUUCCUUCUGUUAGACCAUGUUCCACCAGCAGGACCAUCUGAAGAGCCAGCUGCAGGAGAGCCACGCAGCCAGCAGGCAGCUCUUCCACUGCCAGGACUGCGGCAAGCAGUACAACACCCAGCUGGGUUAUAGACGCCACCUGGUGGCAGCCCACGGCACUGCAGCGGGCCUGCCCUGCCCAGAGGGGGCGCCUUCCCUACUGGAGCACCUGGGCAGCCAUAUUGACAGGCCGCCACCGUCAGAGGGCAACACUAACGCCGCCGUGCCAGUGAGAGAGAGGAAGUACUCGUGUGAGCGAUGCGAUCGCCGUUUUUACACUCGCAAGGACGUACGGCGUCACGCUGUGGUGCACACUGGGCGCCGUGACUUCCUGUGCCCGCGCUGUGCGCAGCGCUUUGGCCGCAGGGACCACCUGACCCGCCACUUGAAGAAGAGCCACGCCCAGGAGUCGGGGUUGAUGCCACCCGGUACACCCAGCACUCCUGUGGCCACACCGACCCCCGCCACCCAGUGCCCGGUGAAGGAGGAGCCCAGCCCCGUGGCGUCUGAUAUGGGCUCCGUCUCCAAGGAGCCCAUGGAGACUUACUCCAGGGACAUGUACAACUCCUACCCCAUGGCCAAUCCUGUCCCCGGGUUGGGCCACCCCCAUGGGCUCAUGCAGGGCUCCUUGUCCUCGAGCAUGGGCGUCGCCCGCCACAUGCCCUCCCAGUCUUCUCACCCCCACCACCACCACCUGCAGCCCCCGGCGGCUCAGCAGCAGCAGCCCUACAGCAACAUGGCCAGGUACCAGCAUGGAUCUACCUCAUAUCCUCGCGCCGACGUGGACAGUUUUCUGCUGGACCUGCAGAGCGCCCCCCCACCUCACCUGAGUGCAGUCAACUCCUCUACCUCUACUUCUGCCUCCCCUCAGAGGGAGGUGCUGGGUGAAGGGGUGGGUGCUGGCGGCGACCCCCACUUGCUGUCCAGGAGCCCCGCCAUCUCCUCCACCGAGCUGUCCUGCACCGCUAACAUGGACCUCGGGCCCCUGCUGGGCUUCUUGCCUUUCAGCCUGCCGCCCUACAGCCCUCACAUGGGGAUGGGGGGGUUAGUGAUGAGCUAUCCACCCGCCGCCACUACCACCACCACCUCUCCAUCCUCUUCCACUGGGCUGUCCUCCCAGGCUCCAGGGCCCUUCACCUUCUUCCAGCCUCCCCAGGCACAUGUACCCCAGGGCCCCAGGGCCCACAACCACAGCCAGCUACCUCAGGCAUACAGCAGUCCUGCUAUGAGCACUUCCAGCUCCCUACCUCACUACUACCAGGCCUUUCAGCAGUAAGCAGCUCUGUGUCCCCACAAGUGUCGCCUUCACACGAGCUCAUGGAUGUUUCAUGAAAAGGGUAAAACAUGAGAAGGGCAUCUUUAUUGUAAAACAAAUGUGUAACUUUAGCCUGUCAGUGCUAAUGAUGCUAACCUUAGUUGUUUUUUGUUGAACACAACAAAUCACCUCAUCAGUAUUACCUCAUUAUUUAAAAAAGGAAGCUUGAACUGUAGGAAAUGUAGAUGUUGUCACUACAACCAAAAUAGAGAAGUACUUCUUUUUGUCAGACCUGUUACCAACAGCGGAUGCACUUAACACACUCGUCACAUGUCAUCCAGUUUAAAAUGCCACAGUGUUCGGGAAUAUUUUAUCCAGUAAUGUUUCGUGUUUAAGAAAAUGUCCCCUCCCUUACUGGAGCUGACUUGAGACUUUCUCCUUUUACAAUAUUGGAGCAUAAACGGUCCCACACAGUCGGUGAAAGAUGUACUCCGUUAGAAACCUAACCGUGUGUAUAUAACAUCUGGUGGUUAACUCACUAAAAUACGCAGUAAGCUUCCCAUCCAGCAUUACACCAACUGAUGUGUCCGAGUGCAUCAACACACGGAAAUAUCAAAUGUGAAAUAACCAAAUUUUAUCAUCAAUCAUUGUUUCAAGUUUUGUAAAUUUAACCCUUUUCUGUGGAAUUCAGAAUUAGCGUCUGAAAGUGGAGUGAAAAACAGUUACAGCUAACAAUAACUGUAAAGCUAGACUGCACCUACUGAAUUUUAAGGAUCCUGUAAACCCGUACAUGUCAUCUGUUAUCAGUUAAGCGGAUCACAAAUGUCUCGCACUGUUACUGGAAUUGAACUGCAGAAGCAUUUGAGUAACGUCAGCCUGAAAUUCUGACGGCCGGUGUUUGAAGCCCUGAAGGUCUUCAGUUAUCCGAGGUCACAUCAGCAUGGUGACAAACUCUAAUGCUACAUAGCUACUUUUUCAUUUUUAAUUAUUAUUUUUUUGCUCUGUUACGUACCGUCACUAGAUUGAAAUGCACUUCGUUUCAUUUUCAACACGGCAGACCUCUCGACAUUGAGGUCUUGCCAAAUCCCACGAGGUGGCCAGCUGCUGCUCUGCUGAUGUCUGCGGGUCCAACUGCAGAACCUUUUUUUUAAAUGUUCUCACCUGUGGGCCAGAACAUCAGACCCAACAGGUACCGUUCAGACAGACAAGUGUUGCUUAGAAUAAAUGUUCUUGAACUCGAACAAUGGGUGAACCAAUCAGAAAUUUCUGCCGACUCUGUCACGACUCCUCAUCUGUUAACCAGCAGCCGCAGCGCGUCUGUCUGAACGGGCCUCAGAGAGCAGCAGCGCUUCGUUGUAUGAAUCCGCUGCGUUCACAGCUCCAACGCCCACGCUCUGUGCUAACCAGGUCACCGGUGUCAGGGUUGCUGCCCGUCCCUUCAAACACAUAAAAGCAUGUGUUGCUUUCCGAGGCACGAGAGAAGUUGGCCCUGGUCCCGCAGAACUCGCACUCAGGUGGAAUAAUGUCGAGACUCACCUGCUGCCAAACUGUUUAGUGACUUUUAAGGUGAAAAGUAACAAAAACAAGUAAUGGACAUUUUUUAUGAGCUGCUGAGGGACUGAAUGUCAGUGUUGCAGGAGAUGGCCAUCCAGAACUGUGACUAUGAUAGUCCUGGAUCAACGUGGGACAUUAAAACAUGGUUGUGUAGCUGAGAUUUGGCAGAUUUAAAUGUUUCCACAUCUCCGACAGUAAUCUGUGGAACUUCUCCUUAAUCGUUAGAAGUUUUAGCAUUAAACUGUGUGUGUGUGUGUGUGUGUGUGUGUGUGCGCGUGCAUCUCUGAUUGGCUGCCGAGCGUUCCUCCUGCGUGCAGAGCAGAUGGAAAGCUCACUGCAAACCAUUUCUCAGCCUGUGGCGAAUCUAAAAUAAAGUCGUGGUAUGGAUGUAAUGGCACAGUGAGGAACAUAAAAGCGCUUUUCAGCACGUUGUCUGUAUUUGUGUCUGAAGCAGAGGUCAUCCAGCCCUCUCCCCCCAUAUCCAUGUUUUGCUCAGUGGAAGGUGGCAGCCCUGGCUACACCGUGUGACCCGGGGCACUUGGGAACAGCAUUGCUCCCUGUUAAACUGAACUGAUGCGAGCAGGUCGUAACUGAGUUUCAGACUUUAUUCGUGAAUAGAAAACAGCAUCAGUUCUACAAAGGCCUUCCAGAGCACUUCUUCCUGUUUCCUACCUUUUUACUAUGUCACUGCUGGUGUUGACAGCCACUCCUCCACGGCUGUGGAGUUUCUGAUGUAAUUAGGACUAAAGCCCCCGCAGAGGCUCAGGGAAGCCAGAGAGGCGAAGCGGUUGAGGAUCGGUUGGUCAACAAUAAGGGACCCUAACCAGCAGCCUUCCUGUUCUACUCGUGAAAUUGGUCAAGUGUAGUGGAGACGGAGGAGCCCUCCAGCUGGAUGUUGAGUGAUUGAUGAGAUAUUGGAAAGAAGAGAUUUAGAGAGAUUCAGACGAUGCGCUCUCUCUUCUGCCUUAAUUCCAUGAACUGCAUGUAGUAGGACGUCUCUCACUAGCGUUGUAACCAGCCUCCAAGUGUUGCACCAAUGUCUUAAAAUGCUACUGUUGUGCCUCUGAGAGUGUCUAACCUCUUGACUGGGUUUAAGCACUUACGACAUUUCUAAAAAAGAUGAAUUUGAUCUGUACCUCAAACACGCAGAACUGUGGCUUUCUGUUUUUAUUUGUAUUUGCUUCUAGUUAUUUUGGCUCUUACUUGUGCCAUUAGAUUGAAACUAUAAAGGUAGAUUUUAUGAAUCUAAACUCUUUAUCUAGCAGCAGACAUUGACAUUAUAAUUCAGUCAAACUUUCUACCUCUACCUUGUCCUAUAUCUUUCUGCAAAAAUGAAUAGAAAUAGUUUUAACCUGUAACAAUUGGGCAGUUUUGUACCACUGUUGAAGAGGUUCAACAUCUAGUGGUGUAUUCCAGACUCAGCAUUGUUCUCCAUUCUUGCCUAUUAUGAUAUGUCUACUUAUUUACUACCUCAGAGAAGAGACAGGCGACUGUCCACCUAACUGCAGAGAAAAUGUCUUAGACUUUUAUUUUUGUCAGAAGAAGCACAUGUACUUUGUAGCUCCAUAGUUACUGAGAUUAGCUCACAGUCCACACUGCCUCUGUUCUCACGUGUCUCUGCCGCUUCAGUCUGGAAGCUUUACUCCGAGUCAUCGGCCUGAAGAAAUGUUCAGGCAACACUUUGGUACUGAGGAUACCUACUCUGAGCACGUCACCUGAACGCAACACCAUCCCACCUUCACGGUCCUGCUCUGAGUGACGCUGGACACUGUGAGGGUUUGCGGCUUUGAUUUUCUAUCAGUGUAAAUUUAAGCCCCCUCGGAGGUUACUCAGACUGGUACGUGUCUGAAGAUGGGUGGGAUCGUUCCAGACUGAAGGUGCAGAGGACGCUGAGGACACCUGGAUCCGUUUCACUAAAGGAUGGUUCAGUACCGUCGUGUUGCCUGCACGUGGGUCGCUCUGAGAAGCACUGCAGUGCAGGUUUCACCUCCUUUAACUUAGAUGAGUUUUGCAUUAGGUGUUUGUAUUAUCACUUACUAGAUUAGAAGACAGUGAAAAGAAAAGGAGUUGUCAUUUUCUGAUUGUCUGAACAUAAAGUAAUACAAAAUAAAUAAAUCUUUAGAUUUC